AUGGCCAUCUUGCCCAUUCAAACCAAGGUCGACCUUUGUGUGCUGCCACUUUUGAUUCUAUCACUGCUACUUGCGGGUUUAGACAAGAAUGCGCUCGCGUUUGCUGCCGUUCUGGGAAUGAACAAAGACCUAGGUCUUCAUGGUCAACAGUAUUCAUGGCUCGGUUCUAUCUUCAAUAUUGCAUACCUUUUUGCCGAAUUUCCGACAUCAUGGCUUCUUACUCGACUGCCUAUUGGCAAGUAUGUAGGCACCUCAUUGAUUUUAUGGGGGGCUUCUGGGUGUGCAAUGGCAGCGUGUACCAAUUUUGCAAGCGCUGCUGCUGUCAGAUUUCUCCUCGGAGCUUUGGAAUCAGCUAUAUUACCGUCGGUUAUUGUCAUUAUGUCCACUUGGUAUCGGCGUGAGGAGCAACCCCUGCGGGCUGCUCUAUGUUUUGGCCCUUUCUCCGGGAUCUUUGGUGGUAUUCUUGCAUAUGCCAUUGGUACCCUUCGAGCACCAGUACCUACAUGGAAGUUAAUAUUCUUGAUAUACGGUGGAAUAACCAUCGCCGUCGGCUUUAUCUGCCUUGUGGUACUCCCAAACAACCAUGAUAAGGCCAUAUUCCUUUCCAAGGGUGAACGUGACCAGGCAAGGCUCAGGGUUGCGGACAAUAAAACCGGCAGAGACACACGCAAGAAAUGGAAGUUAUCUCAGGUCUUUGAGGCCCUGGAAGAUGGAAAGUACUGGUGCGUCGUGGCUUUUGUCUUCUUCCAAUCCAUCACGAAUGCUGGAGUUACGAAUUUCAAUCCUUUAAUUAUAGCGGGAUUUGGGUACUCGAAGCAGAUAACUGUAUUAUUAGCAGCUCCACAGGGAGCCGUUGCUCUUACAGCUCAAGUCAUUGCUGCGCUAUUGGCGCUUUAUAUUCCUAACCUUCGCUGUUUGCUAUGGGUACUCUCUUGCAUCCCUUCAUUAGCAGGAACAUUGGUAGUAAGAUAUGUUUCGGUAUCUGAGAACCGUAUUGCUGCCCUCAUGGGGGUAUAUCUGACUGGGUUCUACAAUAUUGCUUGGUCCAUGACCCUCAGUCUUGUGGCUUCCAACACUGCCGGAGCAACGAAGAAAAGCUUUGUCUCGGCCUCUAUUGCCAUUGCUCAUGGCGUUGGUGGAUUAGUCGGUCCUCAAUUUUUCCUUGAGAGCCAGAAACCCCAUUACCAGCUGGGACUGGGUGCUAUGAUUGUGUCUUUGAUAAUGAUGGCAGUUUGCGGUGCAAUAUACGGAACGCUCUGCAUUUAUCAGAACAAAGCUCGAGAUAACCUUGGCGAAACUGUCAGCCCCUUGCCUGCCGAGUGUUAUUCCACAGAAGAAGACGCCGACAGGGAGUCAGAUGAUAAGACAGAUCAUGAAAUGCACACCUUUCGCUACACAUAUUAA